GACUCUUCAGCUACCGCUAGCUCAGCGCUAGCCUGGCGCUAACAACAACAAGAACAUCAACGUUAGGAUUAAAUUAAGAUUAAAUGUUUACGUUGCCUGAGUGCUGUGUUUGGAACUACUUUGCUGGGAAGUACGCUUAGCCUAGCUUAGCACACCGGUGGUCAAGCUGGCCAUGUCCAGAGUCCCGAGCCCCCCUCCCCCUGCCGACAUGUCCAGUGGACCGGUGGCCGAGUCCUGGUGCUACACACAGAUCAAAGUGGUGAAGUUCUCCUACAUGUGGACCAUCAACAACUUCAGCUUCUGUCGUGAGGAGAUGGGAGAGGUCAUCAAGAGCUCCACCUUCUCCUCCGGGGCUAACGACAAACUCAAAUGGUGUUUGCGAGUUAACCCUAAGGGAUUGGACGAGGAGAGUAAGGACUACCUGUCUCUCUACCUGCUGCUCGUGAGCUGUCCGAAGGCGGAGGUCCGUGCCAAGUUCAAGUUCUCAAUCCUCAACGCCAAAGGGGAGGAGACCAAGGCUAUGGAAAGCCAGCGAGCGUACCGCUUCGUGCAGGGUAAAGACUGGGGUUUCAAGAAGUUCAUCCGGCGAGACUUUCUAUUGGACGAAGCCAACGGUCUUCUGCCCGACGACAAGCUCACCCUGUUCUGUGAGGUGAGUGUGGUGCAGGACUCGGUGAACAUCUCUGGCCAGAACACCAUGAACAUGGUGAAGGUGCCGGACUGCCGGCUGGCGGAGGAGCUGGGAGGCCUGUGGGAGAACUCCAGGUUCACCGACUGCUCGCUCUGCGUCGCGGGGCAGGAGUUCCAGGCGCACAAAGCCAUCCUGGCAGCUCGGUCGCCCGUGUUCAGUGCCAUGUUUGAACAUGAGAUGGAGGAGAGUAAAAAGAACCGUGUGGAGAUCAACGAUGUUGAGCCGGAGGUCUUCAAAGAGAUGAUGUGCUUCAUUUACACUGACAAAGCUCCCAACCUGGACAAGAUGGCUGAUGACCUGCUAGCUGCAGCUGACAAGUACGCCCUGGAGAGGUUAAAGGUCAUGUGUGAGGAUGCGUUGUGCAGCAGUCUGUCGGUGGAGAACGCAGCCGACGUCCUGAUCCUCGCAGAUCUACACAGUGCUGAUCAGCUGAAGACCCAGGCUGUCGACUUCAUCAACUACCAUGCUGCGGAGGUGAUGGAGACGGCUGGCUGGCGGUCCAUGGUGGCGUCCCACCCCCACCUGGUGGCCGAGGCGUACCGCUCCCUGGCCUCCGCCCAGUGCCCCUUCCUAGGCCCGCCCCGCAAGCGCCUCAAGCAGUCCUAACACACACACACACACACACACACACACACACACACACACACACACACACACACACACACACACACACCCGCUGCCGAAGGGCCCUCCUCCUGGACAGAACGUUAACCACCACCAAGAACUAGUUGGUACUAGUCAUCUAACUAGAACAGCUAGUUAAGUCAUAACAAGCUAGUUAGAUCUAACCCACUAAAUCGAUCCCAGACAGAUAUUUACACCAUAGCUGGCUAGGUAGAUGUAGACCAACUAGUUAGAGACUAACCAGCUAGUUAGCUCUAGACCCACAUGUUACAUCCUAACAAGCGAGUUAGAUCUCGUCAAACUAGUUGGGUAUGACCAACUUCUUAGAUCCUAGCCAGCUAGCUAGAUCCUAGACUACUAGUUUGAUGCUAAACCAGCUAGUUAGAACCAGACCAGCUCGUUAGAUCCUCACCAGCUAGUUAGAUGCUAACCAGCUCUCAAGUACCUUUCCCAGCUGGUUAGAUCCUAACCAGCUGGUUAGGAUCUAACCAGCUGGUUAGGAUCUAACCAGCUGGUUAGCCUUGGAGCGGGAUUGGAGGGGAGGGAGAAAUCUUCAGGAGUAGGAGUAGUAGAGUAGAGUAGUAGUUAUCUCCAUGUUGGACUGUUCUCUUGGUGAAUGGGUUUUGAGAAUCCUGAAAGACACCAAGACCUGCUAGUAGGACUGCAAGACCUACUAGUAGGACUACAAUACCUACUACUAGGACUACAAACGCUACUAAUAGGACUACAAGACCAUCUAGUAGGAGUAUAGGACCUACCAGGACUCCAAGCCCUAGUAGGACUCCCAAGAACUACUCGGGGGACUACAAGACCCUCUACUAAAACUACAAGAACUACUGGUAGGACUACAAGAACUACUAGUAGGACUCCGAGACCUGCUACCAGGACUACAAGACCCGCUAGCAGGACUUCAAUCCGUGAGGAGCCUGAAGGAGAGCCUGGACAGCCACCCACUGACAAAGCUACAGCUGGCCAGCGACCUAGCUAACAAGCCAUUCCCUUGGCCUGGAAACCGUUUAUGACGUCAUGUUGUUAGUGACCUCUGCUUUGUCCUUGUAAUUAUUUUCAUAUCGAUUUGUACAAGCUGAUGGAGGCUCUGUAAACCAAAUGUCAAUUGUAAAGUGUAGCCGGACAUUUCUGGGCAGGAUCGAAGACUGGGAGAAUUGAAUUUGAACACGUUUUAAUGUUCCGAAACCCUCCUCUGUGGAAAGACUGUUAGCUCCCUUUAUGAUGGCCGUGACGAUUCGUUGUUGCCAUAUUUGUUCAAAAAGGAAUAAAUCACAGCUAUUUUGUAUUUAAUGCAAAGCAGACUUGGAUUCCUUGUUUUUUGUUAGCGAUUUUGGAUUGAACUGUACAGGUUUGCAUAAAAAUUACAUGAGCGCUUAAAAUUCAUGUUUAUCCAAUUAUUACAUGAAUAUGUUUAAAGGGCUACGUCACGCUCGACUAUUUUCUUAUAUAAGAAACUAUUGCUUCAUAUGUAAUGCUGGGUAUCGGUACACGAUACCUAAAUGUAUAGACCGAACUAACCCGGUAACGAGUAGUAUCGGAACUUCUCCAGUCAGACAGAAUCCGACAGUUGGAACUGUCGGAUGAUAGUUGGACGAAAGUUGUGUGGCGUCGCUUGCAGUCAAUCACCGAAGACGCUCUUUGAUUUAUCGCGAAAUGUCAUCAACCCACUGCGCAAAAGCUGCAGCCCGUACAAGUUGUGGUGAAUUGUGGUGUAUAAAUACUAUCAGAUUAAGAUCUCAUCUCAUCUCAUCUCAUUUUCGUCCGCUUAUCCGGGGUCGGGUCGCUGGGGGAGCAGCUCAAGCAGGGGGCCCCAGACUUCCCUUUCCCGGGCCACAUUGACCAGCUCUGACGGGGGGAUCCCGAGGCGUUCCCAGGCCAGUGUUGAGAUAUAAUCUCUCCACCUAGUCCUGGGUCUUCCCCGAGGUCUCCUCCCCACUGGACGUGCCUGAAACACCUCC